AUGGCCGCGGCAGCCGGCGCCCCCGCAGCGGCCCCCGGCCAAACUUCGUCCCGGGGAAGAGGCGCGGAGCUCGGGCAGGACCUGGGCCGAGGGCGGCUUCGCCUCUUCCUGCGGGCCGGGAGCCGCCGCGCUCCCCCUCAGGCGGACGGGGGGCCAGCCGCCGUCGGGGCUGCUGCUCCUCUUCCUCCUCCUCCAACUGGCGCCCCUCUCGCCUCCUUUCCGCCCCCCCCCGGCGGCGAAACAACUUCUCCUCGUCCUCCUCCUUCUCCUCCUCCUCUCCCCUGCCGCCGGGCGGGAGACAGCCGGGAGCAGGAGCUGCUGGAAGCGCGGCCGCCGCCUCCCGGGCACCCCCCACCCCCCUGCGGGGCAGCCCAGACAACUUCUCUCCUCCGCUCGCUACAGGCCACACGGCCGCGGGGCGAGGAGGGGGAUGGGGGGAGACGGCUUCAGCUCCAAGCGCCUCCUUUCAUUCGCGGGCGCACGCAGCCAUAUUGGUUGCACAAGGCUGCCGCCUGCGCCGAGACGGAGCUGCGGCAGCGCAUUGCCCGCCCGCUCCGCGCCUCGCCUCGCCUCCCGCCGACGCGCCGCAGCGGCAGCCUCUCCCCGGCCCCGGCCGCCGCCCGCCUCCCGGCCGUCAGUCAGGGGCUCCCCGCCGGCCCGUGUGGGGCGCGGAGGCGGGGCGCCGGCGCCCGGGCGGGGCGAGCCGGGCCGGGCCGGGCCGGCGGGGAAGGGCCCGCACCCCCAGCCCCGCUUCCCGCGGUGAGGGGCGGCCUGCGGGAGGCUUCCCCCGCUCCUCCCUCCGGGGAAGCGGGGCUUCGCCGGGGCGGGAGGGGGCGAGCGGCCCCGGGUGUCUCGGCGGUGAGACAAAGGCUGCGCUGCAGCGGGGCGGCGCUCCUCCCCGGCGGCCGGGGCCGGGCGGGCACGGCGGGGCCGGGGGCUGCCGGCCUCCCCCGCCCUGGCGGCCCGGAGCCCAGCGGGCCGGGCCGGGCCGGGCCGGGCUGGGGCCCUCUCCUGGAGGGCGGGAGCGGGCGCCUGUUGAUGGUGCUGGCGGUACGGCGGCGGGGGCCGGGGUCUGCGCCGGGCGGCAGCUUCAAACGUCAAGAUUUCUUUCCUCCUAAACCGGCAAAAGCAAAACAUCAGAGUAGUACCAGGCCGUUGGGGGCUUUGUCCGUUAGAAUUUACAAAAAAUAAAAGUUUUCAAACCAAAGAUCCACGAGAUGCUGGCUCAUCUUCCCCCCAAAUGUAGUUUCAUGAAUAACCAGAGACCAGAAAGAAAAAGAGAAGCACUAUUGUUGCCAUGCAGAAAUGAAGUCUUUGAAAUACAGAUAAAACAUGCAAGGCUUAAGAAGAUCAGAGAACUUUAGACUGAAACCAAGAAGACUCUGAGCACCAUGACAAUCAAGCGGGAAAGGGAAAGAGGAGAGCAGAGGAAAGAGGAAGAAGAGAAAAAGAAAGUAGAGAAAGACAAAAGAAAAGCCUACCUGCUUUCAAGAUGGAUUUCAAUAAGAUAGUAUAAAACAUUGCACCUGCAAUGGCAGGGACUGUACCCAGCGACUAUUCCGUCCCGCAAAAUCCUUGCUUCUGAAAGCUGUUAGGUGAUGAGAUUUAUAUUCUCCAUUGGUCAUCCACGUACUGAGUGACACUGUUGUAUUAUUUUAGCUUGAUAUUUUCUGAUAAGGCACCCUUUAGAAACAUCUGGGCUUUAAAACAGAUUUCUUAUACUCACUUUAAUAGGACUUUUAACAGCAGAAUAGUCUUCUGUGUAAAAAAUACCUGUCGCUCCUUCUCAAAUACUUCCUCCUUCUCUGCACCUACCUGCUUACUGCUGCCCAAGUCACAGCAGCAGCUCUGCUGCUGUAGUUUUACUGGUAAAUCCCCUCCUCAAUAUCAUUGAUCUGAAC